AUGCCUCCGCGCAAAAGGCCGCAGCCCUCUGCAGCCAGUAGGGCCCGACGUCCAUCGGAGACCGAGAGGCAAACGACGACUGAAACCACCAAAAGCCAGCGCCUUUCCCAGUCGAAUUCCGUUACUGAGCCUCACGAGCACUUCGCGCCCGUCAAUGAUGCAGCUCCCUCGAAUUACAAGCCUAGAGACCCUUUCGAUGCGCUGUUGGAACCAUUUUACUACAAUAAAGGUCUCACAGAACCGAUCAACACAGCUAAAGACAAAUGGAAUCUCCUGCCAGCAUUUCUCAAGGUCAAAGGGCUGGUGAAGCAACACAUCGACUCUUACAACUACUUCGUUGAGGUGCAAAUGAAGAAGAUCGUGGAGUCGAGCUCGACCAUUCGGAGUGAUGUGGACCACAACUUUUACAUCAAAUUUACCGACAUCUAUGUUGGCUCACCUCGCCGAGCCGACGAGCAAGGCGAUGGCGGACUUGAGUUCGAGUCGACCAUUACACCGCAGGAGUGUCGGCUGCGAGACACCACAUACGCUGCACCGAUUCUCGUAGACUUUGAGUAUGUGCGUGGUCGGCAAAGGGUUAUCCGACGAGGCAUCUCUAUUGGAAGAAUUCCUAUCAUGCUUCGGAGUUCUAAGUGUGUGCUCUCGAACAAAACACCUGCUCAGAUGAGCGUACUCAACGAAUGUCCCCUUGACCCCGGUGGUUACUUUGUCGUCAACGGAACGGAAAAGGUCAUUCUCGUGCAAGAACAGUUGAGCAAGAACAGAAUUAUUGUCGAAACAGACCCGAAGAAAGACAUCGUUCAGGCGUCGGUUACCAGUUCCUCGAACGAGCGCAAAUCCAAGAGUUAUAUCGUGAUGAAAAAGGGCAGGCUCUAUGUUAAGCACAAUGUGCUGAACGAAGAUAUUCCCAUCGUCAUUCUGCUCAAGGCCAUGGGUAUCCACACCGACAAGGAGAUGAUGCAAAUGGUGACAGGUGACGAUAGUCUGUAUCAAGAUGACUUCGCGAUCAAUUUCGAGGAGGCCAUCAAUGUCGAUGUCUACACCCAACAGCAAGCCCUUGAGUGGAUCGGCUGCCGAAUCAAGAUCAACCGUAAACAGGCCGCUUACCGAAAGACGCACGUGCAAGAGGCAAUUGAGGCCAUUGCAUCUGUGAUCAUCUCUCAUAUUGAGGUGAAGGACAUGAAUUUCAGACCCAAGGCCAUUUAUGUCGCUCAUAUGGCUCGUCGCGUGUUGAUGGCGAAGAACGACCCGGCGCUAGUUGAUGACCGUGAUUAUCUUGGAAACAAACGGCUGGAGCUUGCGGGCCAGAUGUUGGCUCUCCUCUUCGAAGAUUUGUUCAAGAAAUUCUGUUUCGACAUCAAGAUGAACAUCGACAAAGUUCUCAAUAAACGCAAUCGGGCCGAACAGUUCGAUGCAUGGACAAUCGUGACCAUGCAUGGGAAUCAUAUCACUCAGGGCAUGAAUCGAGCUAUCUCCACCGGAAACUGGAGUUUGAAGCGUUUCCGCAUGGAGCGUGCAGGUGUCACUCAUGUCCUCAGUCGACUGAGUUACAUUGCAGCGCUGGGUAUGAUGACUCGUAUCAGCAGUCAGUUCGAAAAGACCCGUAAAGUCAGUGGUCCUCGUGCCCUGCAACCGUCCCAGUUUGGAAUGCUUUGUCCUGCAGAUACUCCCGAAGGAGAGGCAUGUGGUCUCGUCAAGAACUUGGCUCUCAUGACGCAUAUUACGACCAACGAUGAGGAAGGGCCGGUGCGAAACUUGAUCUUCAUGCUGGGCGUCGAAGACAUCUCGAGUGUUGGCGGACAGCAACUUUACGCACGGGGUGCCUAUACAAUCUCUAUCAACGGUACACCGACAGGCUUGACCAGACGCCCCAAGUCCUUCCUGAAUGCCUUCCGACGGCUGCGCCGCAUGGGCCGCAUCUCGGAGUUUGUCAGCAUCUACAUCAACCAUCACCAGCGGGCUGUCCAUGUUGCAACCGACGAUGGACGAAUCUGCAGACCGCUCAUCGUCGUGGAGAAUGGCAAGUCUCUUGUCAAAGCUCACCAUCUGGAGAAGUUGCGAGAUGGUAAGAUGGAGUUCGACGACUUCCUCGCUCAAGGGCUCGUGGAGUACCUCGAUGUGAACGAAGAGAACGAUUCCUACAUUUCCAUUUACGAGAAAGACAUCUCAAAUACUCACACCCAUCUUGAGAUCGAACCCUUCACUGUCCUCGGAGCCGUCGCUGGUUUGAUUCCCUAUCCUCACCAUAACCAAUCCCCACGUAACACCUAUCAAUGUGCCAUGGGUAAACAAGCCAUUGGUGCCAUUGCUUCCAAUCAGUUCCAGCGAAUCGAUUCCGUUCUCUACCUCAUGGUCUACCCCCAAAAGCCAAUGGUCAAGUCACGAACCAUUGAGCUGACCAAAUACGACCAACUACCUGCUGGUCAAAAUGCAACUGUUGCCGUUAUGAGUUACUCUGGAUACGAUAUUGAGGAUGCUUUGGUCCUGAAUAAGGGAUCCGUUGACCGUGGCUUCGGACGUUGUCAGGUCUUCCGCAAGCACGUCACGACUUUGAAGAGUUAUCCCAAUGGAGCCAAGGAUGACCUCAGGCCGCCAACAUAUGAGAACGGCGCCCCAAUUCGCAAGCAUGCGAUCCUCGAGGCCGAUGGCCUAGCUGCAGUUGGCGAGACGGUUAAUGCCGGCGAAAGCUACAUCCACAAAGUGACACCCAAGGUACAAAACAUGAUGGGAUUCAGCGGUUCCGACAUUGGCAGAGGAGAGGUUAUCGACGCAUCCAUGACCUACAAGCUGCCCGAUCCUUCCUAUAUCGACAAGGUCUUGGUAUCUGCCACCGAGGGCGAGACGCAACUCAUUAAAGUCUUGACCCGCCAAACCCGUCGACCCGAGGUCGGCGACAAGUUCUCUUCCCGCCACGGACAGAAGGGUGUUGUUGGAAUCAUUGCCGAUCAGGCAGACAUGCCCUUCUCCGACCAAGGCAUCAACCCCGACAUCAUCAUGAACCCUCACGGUUUCCCCUCCCGAAUGACAGUCGGAAAGAUGCUGGAGCUGGUCGCCGGAAAAGCCGGUGUCCUCUCUGGUCAGCACGGCUACGGUACCUGUUUCGGUGGUAGCCCAGUCGAGGAAAUGUCCCAGAUUCUAAUCGACAAGGGUUUCAGCUACGGUGGCAAGGACUAUCUCACCUCCGGCAUCACCGGCGAGGCCCUGCCCUUCUAUGUUUUCACCGGUCCUAUCUACUAUCAGAAGCUGAAGCACAUGGUUCAAGAUAAGAUGCAUUCUCGUGCCAAGGGACCAACAGCUACCCUCACCCGUCAACCCACCGAGGGUCGUUCGCGUAACGGUGGUCUUCGUCUCGGUGAGAUGGAGCGUGAUUGUUUGAUUGCAUAUGGUACCAGUCGGCUGCUACUUGAGCGUCUAAUGAUCUCGUCCGAUCGCCACGAGGUGGAUGUCUGCGAGAAGUGUGGUUUCAUGGGUUACUUGAACUGGUGUCCUGGUUGCAAGUCUUCUCGUUCCGUCGUGAAGAUGGUGAUUCCAUAUGCUGCUAAACUUCUUAUCCAAGAGUUGAUGAGUAUGAACGUUACGGCUCGUCUGAAGUUGGAUGACGAGUUCCCCGAAAUGAAGGGGCGUUAA